AUGGACCAAGAUCUCCCCAUCAAGCAGGCAUUGCCCUUCAACAUGCAACGAAACCGGCUUGCCGAGUUCUUGAGCGCAGAUGUCUUGGUUGCUGCAGGUUCGGCAACAUUGAUUACUCCUGCUGUCAUGAUUCUGGACCGACUCGUCGUCGAGAAAUCCUCGCAUAAUCAACCUCUCCUCCCUGCAUUUCGGCGUCACCUAUGGCUCUCCAUCACGCAGCCCGCCACCUUCCUCACCUCUCGUCCCAGUCUCCUGGUCUGGUCUCUCUACACGGCUACCUUCGCCACGGCCAACGCCUCCGAGACCAUCCUAAGCCAGGUCUUCCCUCACAUUGACCACGCCAUCGCCGGAACCACCACCUUCCUCUCCACAUUCUUCGUCAACUCCUCCGUGGGCAUCUGGAAAGACAUCAAAUUCGCCCAACUCUUCGGCCAUGCCGCUUCCUCCUCCGCUGCCAAAUCCACCCCAUCCGCAUCUGCACCUGCAUCCCAAAGCAAGAUUCUCCGCUCCGUCACCCGCUCGAUCCCUUUAUCAACCUACACAGCGUUCCUCCUGCGCGACGGACUGACCAUCUUCGGCUCCUUCAGCCUCCCCGCCAUGGUCUCCGCGUCCAUCCCGGACUCCAUCGCCUCCGCCGAAUACCUGAAGAUCCUGAUCGCGCAGCUCGCCAUCCCCGCCUCCAUCCAACUGAUCAGCACCCCGAUCCACCUCCUAGGACUGGACCUGUAUAACCGUCCGACGAAGCUCCCCACACGGGACCGUCUGUCGCGUGUCAGUCGGGACUGGAUCGGGGCGUCGCUCACGCGCAUGUGUCGUAUCAUCCCGGCCUUUGGGAUCGGCGGGUUCGUUAAUACAGAAGGUCGAGCUUUUCUUCAUGAGCAGCUCCGACUGUAUGAGGAGUAUGACGAAUGA